AUGUCUUCGAGAUCAUCGACUGCUUACGCUAGCGCCUCCCCAUCCUACGAGUCAUACACUCCCCGCUCGCAGUCCCGUUCGUCAUCGCAAGUCGUAUAUGACAUUUCCCCUUCGUCAUACGGUAACUCCUCCACCAAGAGAGCUUGGAUAGACCCUACUUCACUUCCCAACUGUGGCGACGCUUCUGGGAUUCAAGGAAAUGUUUCCCCGCAUAUCAAGCAACUGAUCGUGAACACUUUCAUUGCGUAUGGUGCUGGUGACCAGCUCUGCUUUGGCCACCACGUUGCCAAGGCCGUCAAGUUCACCGAAGUGUCUGUCUCCGAGAGCACCGAGAAAAUGGGUCGCAUGGAAGCAACCACUGUCGCCGAGGUUAUCGUUGCCAAAAACAUGCUCAAUGGUGCUGGCAUGCUUCAUGGCGGCUGUGUUGCCUUCUUGAUCGACAACACACCACUAGUUGCGCUUGGCCUCGUCCAAAACGUGAACGGCGUCGGCGUAACCCAAGCUAUGAACAUCAUGUUCCACUCCCCAGCCCCUGCUGGAUCGUGUCUCAAGAUCACAAGUACCUCAAUUGCCCUGGGAGGACGCAUCAUGAGCGCGCGCUGUGAGGUCGUCAAUAAGAGCACCGGCAGCGUGGUAGCUUCCGCUUAUCUCAACAAAAUGCAGCCCGCAUCUGCCAAGCUUUAG